AUGGCGGCCCGCGCGCCCCCCGCCGCACCUGCGGCCGACGAGCCGGGGGGCCCGGGCGGACCCCCGCGCAGGAAGAAGUCCCGCUCGGGCGCGUCCGGCCUCCGCCGCGCCUUCAGCUGGCUGCGGGGCAAGCGGCGCAAGAAGAAGGCGGCGGCGGCGGCGGCCCUGGGGUCCGAGGGCAGCGAGCCCGCCGCCCCCCGCGCCAAGAAGGCGGAGGACAAGGCCAGGAAGGCCAAGGGGAAAGGCCGAGGCUCUGCCAAGACUGAGAGUGACAAACGUAUAAGUGGGGGAUCUGGCCAGGGGCCAGGGUCUGUGUGUGAUGACCAGGACAAUGUCUUCUUCCCCCGUGGGCGGCCGCCACACCUGGAAGAGCUACACACACAGGCGCAGGAAGGACUCCGCUCCCUCCAGUACCAAGAAAAACAGAAACUCAACAAAGGUGGCUGGGACCAUGGAGACACUCAGAGCAUCCAGUCUUCCCAGACGGGGCCGGAUGAGGACAGCAUCUCCUUCUGCAGCCAGUCCACAUCGUACACGACCGAGAGUUCCACAGCCGAGGAUGCGCUUUCUAUCCGCUCUGAGAUGAUCCAGCGCAAAGGCUCUACCUUCCGACCCCAUGACUCCUUUCCUAAGUCGGGCCGGCGUAGGCGGCGGGAACGGCGGAGCACAGUGCUGGGCCUACCACAGCAUGUGCAGAAGGAGCUGGGCCUUAAGCAUGAGCGUGAGGCACCUGCUUCCCCCCGGCCUCCAGGGCCCCGGGACUCUGUCCGAAUCCCCACGGUGGAUGGCCGUCCAGCAGGCCCAGCUGCAGGGCCAGGAGUACGGGUGUCCCUGCAGGCACUGGAGGCCCAGACAGACUCCACCGAGGCCACUGAAGCCCUGGUGCAGCGUCACAUUGACCGUGUCUACCGGGAUGACACCCUCGUGGGCUGCUCCACGGGAGCCCGGCCCCCUGCGCUGAUGCGGCCCAUGUCUCUCGCAGUGCCUGGAAUGACGGGAGGGGCCGGACCGGUGGAGCCCCUGAGCCCGGCCAUGUCCAUCUCGCCUCAGGCCACCUACCUGUCCAAGCUCAUCCCACAUGCUGUGCUGCCACCCACCGUGGACGUGGUGGCCCUGGGCUGUCGCAGCGUGCGCACCCUGAGCCGCCAUAGUCUGCUCACAGCCAGCCCGGCCUCUGUCCACUCGCUAGGCCGUUUCUCCUCGGCCUCCAGCCCGUGGCCCCGAAGUCGCCACCCUUCCUCCUCCAGUGACACCUGGAGCCACUCGCAGUCCUCCGAGACCAUCGUGUCCGACGGUUCCACGCUCUCCUCGCAGGGUGGCUCUGAGGGCCGGCCCGAGGGCUCUGUGGCCAGCACCAGCACGGCAGCUCCUGGCCCAGGUGGCAGUGGGCGCGGCUCUCCCAGUGGGGGCAGCACGGCUGGUGCCUCGGAUGCGGGCAGCAUCCGCAGCAGCGGGCAGCUGUCGGGCCGCAGCGUGUCCCUGCGCAAACUGAAGCGGGCACCACCGCCGCCGCGCAGGACCUACUCGCUCCACCAGCGAGGCCCCGCAGCCACCGAUGGGGCCCUGGGAUUGCCGCCCAAGCCUGAGAGGAAGCCUGAGCGGAAGCCCACGCCGCAGCUGCCCUGGCCCCCACCCACGGGGGCCACAGACGGGAUGGGGGCAGCGCCCUGUCCCUCCAGUUCUGCGGGCAGCUGGGUGCCUGGCCCAUCUCCGGGUGCUUCCCGUCGCCCCCCACGCUCCCCAGAACGGACACUUUCACCCUCCAGUGGCUACUCAAGCCAAAGUGGGACCCCCACGCUCCCCCCCAAGGGCCUAGCAGGAGCACCCCCCUCUCCAGGCAGGGCCCAGCCCCCUAAACCUGAGCGAAUCACUUCUCUCCGCUCUCCAGGCCCCUCUGUCUCCUCCUCCCUCACAUCCCUGAGCUCCUCCUCCUCUGACCCGGCCCCUGCUGGUCCCCAAGUGUCAGCGGUCCUGGGGGACAGGUUUGUCAUCCCUCCUCAUCCCAAGGUGCCUGCCCCCUUCUCCCCACCACCCUCCAAGUCCAAGAGCCUGAAGCUUGCGGCCCCUGCCCCUGCUGUCCCCUCGGUGUCUGCUGGGCCUUCGUCUGCCACCGAUGCUGCUCCUGAGCCCCCUCCUCUAGCUGCCCAGGCAUCCUUGGCCCCACCAGAGUCUCCCCUGACUUCCAAAGAGCAGUCUCCCCCACCAUCCCCGCCUCCCUCCUACCAUCCUCCUCCUCCCCCUGCCAAGAAGUCUGAGGUGGUGGGGGCAGACUCCGAGAUGACUGAGGAGUCCCCCCAGGAUCCUAACUGGCCCCCACCCCCACCCCCGGCCCCUGAGGAGCAGGACCUGUCCAUGGCUGACUUCCCCCCGCCCGAGGAGGCCUUCUUCUCUGUGGCAGGCUCCCCCCCAGCUCCUUUCUCUCCCCAGACCCAGGAUCCCACCCCUCCAGCCCCUCCACCAGCUCCACCCACACCCCCACCUGCAGGUUCUGCAACAGGGCCUGGGUCCAAGGUUCUCCCAAAGGACCCAUCAAGUGGUGGCAAAGGCAACGGGGUGCCCAGGGAAGAUGCUGGAGCACCCUUGGUCACGCCUUCACUCCUGCAGAUGGUCCGCCUGCGCUCCGUGGGGCCUCCCACAGGGGCUCCCACCCCAGCAUCAGGGCCCUCAGCCCCCCCAGCAUCAGGGCCCUCAGCCCCCCAGAAGCCACUACGAAGGGCCCUGUCUGGGCGGGCCAGUCCAGUGACAGCCCCCUCCUCAGGGCUCCACGCAGCUGUCCGGCUCAAGGCCUCCAGCCUGGCUCCCAGUGAGCGUCCUGGAAGCGCCCAGUCCAAUGGAGCCCCCGAGAGAGAGCCCCAGCGGCCCCAGUCCCCGGCCUCCAUGGCCAGUUUCAUCUUCUCCAAAGGCACGAAGAAGCUGCAGCUGGAACGGCCUGUGUCCCCCGAGGCCCAUGCUGACCUCCAGCGGAAUCUGGUGGCUGAGUUACGGAGCAUCUCAGAGCCACGGCCUGUCCAGGCCACAAAGAAGUCACCUAAAGCUCCGCCCCCUGUGGCCCGCAAGCCCUCUGUUGGGGUCCCCUCACCCACCCCUCCCACAGAGCCCCUCACCGUGCCUCCCACUAAUGGGCUCUCUCCCACUGAGGACAGGACUAAGGAGGAAAAUGGAGGUGUCUCGCUGCUGGGGGCCCCAGAAGAGCAGAAGCUGGGUCCUCUUGGCUCAGACCCACAGAAAGAGCUGGUCUGACCACCAGGCUCCCUCUGGCACUGCUGACCCAUGCCAGGAUUACAAUCUCAGGGACCUGAACAGCUCCAAGGAUGAGGACGUGGCAGACACUGAACCUGAGAGAGGAUGCCUGCAGCCUUAGCCUCCACGACCUUUGACUUGUAUGCAAAUCUGGUGUGGACCCGCGCCUCCACCUCAUCCAGCUCUCAUGCCUUUCCCCAAUGGAGCCACUCACUUGGCAGCUGCGGCUUCCAUAUCGGCCUUAGUCUCUCCGAGGAGGGGCUGGUGGAGUGGGUGGUUGCGCCCCCUGCUGACCUUGAGGCCACAGAGUUGGUAGCAAAACAUCUCACUUGAGUUCUUUUUUUCUUAAUGUUCGAAUCAUGCACAUACUGUAGUCCAGAAUCAAAGCACUUUUGAAAAACGGCUGCAUAUCUAUCCUCCAGGGUCUGGAGACCACAUUCCAAGGGCCUGUUUACGUGGCAGCAGCGUCAAUCCCUGAUUGCCAGCUUACAGUGGGGGCCAAACUGCCCCCUCCAAUCUAAUUUGCUCCUUUUCUUGGUUUGUGGAGGUGGGCAAGUUAUUGUAUUCCCACAGGCUUCUCCAGGCUCAAGGCAGGAGUGAGGCUGUGAAAUUCCAAAGCACAAAAGGUGCAGUGGGGGGCUAGCCUUCCUGUGCCUCAACUUACCCCCCAGCCACCCUCCUGCCUUCUAAACCUGCUAGGUGCUCCAUGCGGGGGACAAGUGGUAGCCAGGGCCCAAUUGGGGGUAUGUAUAGGAACAACCUUGAGUGAGAGAAUUGAGUAGGAAGUCAUCUGAGUAGGCACUUGGCAAUGCCAAGCCUUAAGCCCCUCGUUUUUACUUGGGUUUGGCGCAGCACAUUGAAGCAGAAUCGGGUCUGCAACAAAGCUGUGCUCACAGCUCUGCAGGUCUGCUGAGGUAGAGGGGAAGGCCUGGCCUUGCAGUUUGCUUGAUUUUCCUCUGCUCAUCUUGGUGCAUGUUCUUACCUGCAGCCACUUCUCAGCAUAGGCCAUGCCACUGAGGGGCAUUCUGUUCCUCCUCCCUCAUCAGUGAAGAUCGCAAAGGGGGCUCUGCUCCUAGCAAGUGGCCUGAGUGGCUGUCCCCUGGAUGCCAUUUUCUGCUCUGGCGCUCUCCUCCAGGGCCUUUUAACACCUCAGCCUGUGCCACUUGUCUAGGUAAGCUGGCAUUACCACAGCCCCUGUGGCUGCACAGGGGUGGCCCUAGUGCCUCCUUCCACAGCAUUGUGGAUGCCAUUCGUCUUGAUCCUCUCUCAGCAGUGAACCUCACUUUAAGCUGCACCUCCUCCCCUGGGGACAAUGUCCAAUCCCAGCACAGUAACUGGGGACCCAAGGCAUGUGGCAAGAGGGCCCAGGGACUCCAGCCCUUCUUUCCGUCUUCUUUCUGUAGCUAGAAACUAAUGUUCUUCCGUUGGAUGAUGGAAAGCUGCUGUUGGGGCUGUAUGGCACAUUCCCAGUGACUUGGUGAUGGGGUCAGUAUGUGCCAUUGUGUCCAGAGCACCUGACCCUCCCUCCUGGGACCUUUCAGCACCCUGUAGCCAGUCUGGGAACUGCUUAGAGGGGGUUACCCGGCUUGUGUCUCCUCCCUUCCCUCCCCAAGUCACUUCAGCUCCUGCUUCUCAGUUGUCCUUGAUUGUGGGAACUAAGGGGAGGGUCUAGAAGAGGUGACUCUUCUCUGUCCUCUGGGAUGAGCUUGAUCUAGUGCAAAAGGAGACCAAAAGCCUCAUUUUUAAUUUCCACAAAAACGUUAGAAAAGAGAAGUAUAUAUAUAUAUAUUUCUUUAAAUUUUUGAAUCUUUGAUAUAUCUCUACAAUCCAUUCCCUCUGUCCCAAAGCCUGAGACACAUGAAAAAAAAGGUUUCAAAGUUGUUAAUUAAACAAUUCAAACAUG